UAACUUGUCCUUGUAAGUGCGUGGCGCAGGACGACGUCGAGGAGGACUUAUUUUCUCUGGAUUUCUUCAAACAAUUGUUAUUUUUUUUGGAUGGGAUGAUGCGGAAAUCCUGAAAUGAGAGUGUGAGAUGUUAUUACUUCCGAAAGUGUGGAUAAUACCCGUUGCCACGUUGAUGACUUCUGCUAAAGUGGGUCUGAGAAGAAGCUUCUGCUGCAUUCAUAAACACUUCUUUAGGACUCACAACAGCCCUUGAGCUUUGUUUACCCACCGACAACAAAACAAACAAACUUGCUGUGCGAUUGGGAUGACAAUGGCUGAAAAGAAUAUGAUAAACAUGGAGGAUCCCGGUGGCGUUGUCAGGCUCCGUGAGGAACACGAAAAGGUGGUGAAGGACUGCGAACGUCGGAUUCAGCACUGGGAGAAUCUGUCAGGUGAUUACCAAACCCUGAAAGACCGCCUCAAAACUCUUCCCGAUCAAGUCUCGUACGACAUCAUGGUGCCGUUCGGCCCUCUGGCCUUCAUGCCCGGGAAGCUGGUGCACUCCAACGAAGUCACGGUGUUGCUAGGUGACAACUGGUUUGCAAAGUGCUCCGCCAAGCAGGCCGAGAAAAUUGUCGACCACAGGAUGAAGUAUGUGAAGAGUGAGAUGCACGGUUUAUCCAAGACGAGGAACAACUUUGAAGCCAGAGUGGGAAUGGUGAAGGACUGGGAGAACAUCUCAUCUGAAAAGGGGGGCUACGUUGACAUCAGAGAGGAGAUCGGGGAACAUGAGACCACUUUCACUAAAGGAAAACACAGAGUGGCUCACAAACCACAUUCAAAACCCAAACUGGACGCGGUCUUGGAUCUGGAAGAGGACAGUGACGGAAGUGGAGAGGACGCCCAUAAAAAAACGACAAAUUCUUUCAUGACUCAGGAGGAGUUGUGGGCUCGAUUAGACGAACUGGAGAAAAUGGAGGAUCUUCACAACGAGCGUGAUAGGUUGUCUGACAACGCAGAUCUUGUCGGCGAGGACACGUCGUCGUCGUCUUCGUCGGAGGAGCAGAAUGAAAGGGACUCCGCCCAUCCGGUGAAUGGACUCGGCGUGGAACCCCGUGAUGGCGCGCCCCCUAGUGGAGACGAGGAAGACGACAGUUUGCCGACUAUUUACUUCUCUCACACGGUGGAGCUUAAGAAGGUGAGGAUCAACACGAGUAAAAACACCAUGUUGAAGUUCAGCGAAAGAAAAGAACACAAGGAACAUUCAAAACGAAAGAAAAGAAACGGUCACCAUAACGGACACUCGCAUCACGAAGUCCACAAAAUCCAAACCCCCGCAGACAUCUACAGGCUGUUCGUGGACGUGAGGAACGGAGAACCCAUCCCCAAGAAGUCCAUACUGAAAUCCCGAAGCCGGGAGAACAGCGUGUGCAGCGACACGAGCGAGAGCAGCGCGGCAGAUAUGGAAGAACGACGAAUUCUGGGACGCGGUCUCAGCCACGACGAGGCCACGCCCAGCGACAACAGUACCAGCGACGGACUUACGGAGGAGGACAGCCCGACGGGAUUGGCGCCGCUUCCAAAUGGACGAUUUGAGGCGUUCUCGGGUACCGUGGUGGAAAAAGACCCCAUGCCCUUGGCCGUUCCCCACCUGACCAUCGCCCCGCCGGCUUUGCCCACCAUCCUUGAGUGGAAACAGGAAGAGGUGGCGCCCGACGCGGCGCCCCCUCAGCAGCCUGGUAAACGCGUGUCAAAGUUCAAAGCUGCCAGGAUGCAGCAGAAAUGAUGGCGCGCUUGUUUUUGAUGUCCUAGCGUCUUUUUGUUUCCCCUUUUUUCGUUAUACUCUUGCAUCAUUACAGUACUUAAAUACUGUACAGUACAUACAUAAAUACUGUACACUACACGGUUUGGGUCGGUAUCGAAGGUAAGGAUAAAAAUGUCGGGUCUCUUUUCAGCCAUCAAAGGUAAUCCUUUAUCGUGAAUGUACUACGUAGUUUUAUGACAAGCUUUAUUAUGAGACGCAAACAAUAUUAGAAGGGGAAAAUGACAAUAAAUGAUUUUGCUUACAAGUCAUUCUCUUUGGUUUUCCUUCUAAGGCAGGACACUUAAAGGGGAAGUGCGCUUUUUUGGGGGGGAAUUUUGCCCAAUCAAAUUCAAUGAUUCAAUGGUUUCAUACAAGAACUACACACAGCAACGCAAUAGGUGGAUAAAAACAGACACUACCAAUGCAUAAUGCAGAAUAAUUACCGACUAGAAUUUCUGUACAUUCCACUGCAAACAUGCGGCCCGCGGGCCAAAUGUGGCCCGCAGGACACUACUUUGAGGCCCCCACCUUGAUAUGAAAGUUUAAUGUUAGUGCGGCCCGCGCAAGUUUGAUACGGAUGCUGUAUGGCAGGGGUCUCAAACACGCGGCCCGCGGGCAAAAUGUGGCCCGCAGGACACUACUUUGAGGCCCCCCGCCUUGAUAUGAAAGUUUAAUGUUAGUGCGGCCCGCGCAAGUUUGAUACGGAUGCUGUAUGGCAGGGGUCUCAAAAACAUGUGGUCCGCGGGCCAAAUGUGGCGCGCAGGACACUAGUUUGAGGCCCCCCGCCUUGAUAUGAAAGUUUAAUGUUAGUGCGGCCCGCGCAAGUUUGAUAUGGAUGCUGUACGGCAGGGGUCUCAAACACGCGGCCCGCGGGCCAAAUGUGGCCCGCAGGAUACUAUUUUGAGGCCCCUGCCUUGAUAUGAAAGUUUAAUGUUAGUGCGGCCCGCGCAAGUUUGAUAUAGAUGCUGUAUGGCAGGGGUCUCAAACAUGCGGCCCGUGGGCCAAAUGUGGCCCGUAGGAUACUAUUUUGAGGCCCCCGCCUUGAUAUGAAAGUUUAAUAUUAGUGCAGCCCGCGCGAGUUUGAUAUGGAUGCUGUACGGCAGGGGUCUCAAACACGCGGCCCGUGGGCCAAAUGUGGCCCGCAGGACACUAGUUUGAGGCCCCCCGCCUUGAUAUGAAAGUUUAAUGUUAGUGCAGCCCGCGCAAGUUUGAUACGGAUGCUGUAUGGCAGGGGUCUCAAACACGCGGCCCGCGGGCCAAAUGUGGCGUUCAGGACACUAUUUUGAGGCCCCCGCCUUGAUAUGAAAGUUUAAUGUUAGUGCGGCCCGCGCAAGUUUGAUAUGGAUGAUGUAUGGCGUUGGUCUCAAACACGCGGCCCGCGGGCCAAAUGUGGCGCGCAGGACACUACUUUGAGGCCCCCGCCUUGAUAUGAAAGUUUAAUGUUAGUGUGGCCCGCGCAAGUUUGAUAUGGAUGCUGUAUGGCAGAUGUCUCAAAUAUGCGGCCCGCGGGCCAAAUGUGGCAACUAUAUGUGGUUUCUUAAGUUUUUAUUAUUUGCUGUUUUAUUAUUAUUAUUAUUAUAUGAGACCCCUGUUCUAAGGAAUAAUCUUUCAUUGCACCUGACCGCAUCCUUGCUAGCUUCAUAUAGCUCUUCCUGUAUCGUGUGACUGUUUGUCAGGAGCUAAAUUGAUGUUAUGCCGCAUGGUAAUAGCGUGUCAGUUUUGCUCCCGGUGUAAAUGGUUACGGUGCGAUAUUGUCAUUAUUAAUAAUUGUUUCUCCUGUCUGCAUUACCUUGAAAUAGAAUUGCUAGCAAACUUUACACGGAACGAUAAUAUUUCAUCACAACAUUUGUGAAAAGUUAAAAAUAUGUUGGCGAAGAGCAGCGGCGUCGAAAUGAAAACAUCACAUGACUUGAGAAAUAAAGACUUGUUAUUUCUAA